AUGGCACCAGUUCAAGUUCACGUUGGCGUCUGUGGCGCCGGCCUGGGUGGCCUAGCAGCAGCGAUUGCUCUGAAACGAGGAGGCGCAAAGGUCACCAUCCUCGAGGCCGCAACAGAGUUGGGAGAGAUCGGGGCGGUUGACGAAGUGCGUACUUGGGGACUGAAUGGACAAGUUGUCACUCGAGUCGACUCCGCGAGAGUCAAGAAAAUAAGUGGUUUCCCACACUACAUCGCACGACGGGACCAUUUCCACGCGGGACUCACAGAGUCUGCUCGCCGUCACGGUGUCAACAUCAUUGUCGACGCUCGUGUGAACAAGCUCGAAUCUACCCCGGACAAGGUCACUGCCACGACGACCAAAGGGGAUUCGUACACAUUUGAUCUCCUCGUGGGAGCCGAUGGCAUCAAGAGCUUCGUUCGUCAACAACUCUUUCCCAAUGUUCAGCCCCGAGCGACGUCCAAGGUCGCCGCUUACCGUGGCGUGGUGACUCGAGAUGAGGUUUUGAGCAAGAUCCCCGAAGCAAAGUCUCUUUUAAGCAACACCAUGGAUAUGUGGACGGGUCCAAAUGGAUAUAUUCUCACUUACCCCUUGUCGGGCGGCAAGGAACUCAACGUCGUCACUUCGUUUUGCAAAGACUACUAUGUCGAGAAGAUGGAAGAGGUCGACAUUGACGAGUUUCGUGCAUACUACAAAGACUACAGUCCGGCCAUCCAAUCCAUCAUCAAGCUCGUCAACUACACACAACGUUGGCCCCUACUCGUCAUGCCACCCAUGCCGAGCUGGACGAACGAGCACAAGAACGUCGUCCUCCUCGGCGACGCGUGCCAUUGCAUGCAGAACCACACGGGCCAGGGUGCCGGCACUGCACAAGAGGACGGUGUUUUCCUAGGUCGCGUGAUCAGCGAGGUCGUUCGGGGCGUGCUCAGCAUCCGUGAAGCGGUGUCCCUGUACGAGAAGAAACGGAUGCCGCGCGCCUGGACGAAGCAGCAGCUCUCGCAAGUCUCGGGAGAACUGAACAUGUGCUCCGACCCGGCGGGUCUCGCGAAGAGGGAUCAAGCUUCGAAGCCGGAACUUGCAGCGCCGGGCGAGGGGUCUGGGUCGUCAGCAGCAUUCCCAGAACUUCCACCGAACUACCGAUCGUGGCAGGUCUUUGAUUCACCAGAUAGUGUGCCGGGGAUAUUCUACUACGAUGCAGAAGGAGACGCCGACAACGCCGUGUGCGAGUAUCUACAAGAGCAAGAUCGCGAGAGGGGAGAAGUCGACAACAUAACGAUGGUAGGUAAGUGCUUGAGUCGGAAAUGGUGGGGUGCCGUUGAAUACAACGGCAUCGAUUGA